AAACUACCAGGUCAGGCUUAUCUCAGCAUUCCCAACCCAGGAAGAGAAGCAGCAGAGUGAAUCAGAAAGUGAAACUCAGCACUGGGGCUGCGAUGGUGAUCAUCGACCUCAGAGAUUAUGAAUGUCGUGUGGAAAAUGCCUCAGAAACAUCUGGCAGCACGAGAAGCCUGGGCAUCUUACUGCAAGCCCCUGGGACAGCAGCAACCAAAGGGAAGCUAAGCAGAAACCAGAAAGUCAUCACUCUGACAUGCUUUAGUCUUCAGAGCCCCAUGCAUGUAAAUCUGCUGUAUCUGGAGAAGGAACAUGGAGAUUUGAGAGACCAGGCAGAAGAGAAAUGCACCCUGCAGAGCCUGAAAGUCAUCACCAGUGCAGACAGGGGAGCUGCUACUGGCCACAGCUGUGUUUUACUAAUGGACAACAGCAAAAAGUUUCAGGCCAAAUUUAUUCUUACAGGAAAAGUGUUUCUGGUAGGGAUAUCAAAUUGUGUUAUGACAGCAAAGCUACCCAAGCUGAAAGUUUUUGCAGAGGGUCUGACUGUCCUGCACGUGCGCCAAGAUAAUCAGACUUCAGAGGAGGGAAUUCCAUCCACAAAUGACAAAGAUAUGCUGAUCAGACAAAGACAAAGUCUCUACAUUAAAGCGUUCAUCGUUUGUAGCCUGUUAAUACCUACGAUAGCCUAUAUCAUCUUUGUUAUAUGUGAAUUUCCCUGCUUGUGCUCAUGCCCUGGCUGGAUCAAGCCGCACGUCGAUGUACAGAGCAGCAGAACAAACCUGCCUGCAGCCUCCAUCAGGCAGGAAGCAUCACACCAAGACUCUUGCAAGGAAAGAUUCAAAGUCAUUGUCAUUCAUGAGACCUACCUGUGAAAAGCUGCCAGCCUCACAGAAACACCCUUUUUAUCUGCAAAGGUACAUCACCCUUCUCCUCACCCCUUACUGGACGCAGCAGAAUGAACACCAGCAGUUUACACCACCACAAGUCAAGCCAUUGCAGUCUGAAAUUAGACUUACAUUGGAAAAAAAUGUUUACC